GUGUUGGUUCAUGGAAGGACCCACAUAGGGGAGGAGCCCUACAUGUGGUCCCAAGGAAUUGAGCUUGGCAACUUGUGAUACAGUAGAGAACUCCCACCAGGGAGAAUCCUGACUGUGAGAAAAGUUUCAGUCUGAACUCCAGCCUGGUAAUAUAUUAAAGGAUGGACACAAAAAGAAAUCAUAUGAAUGUUCUGAUUGCGGGGAAUGUUUCAGCAAGAAUUCCAACCUGUUGAGACACAGAGGACUCACACAGGAGAGAAACCCUUUGAAUGUCCUGAGUGUGGGAAAGGUUUCAGGUACAGGUCCAUCCUGUUGAGGCACCAGAGGACUCACACAGGAGAGAAACCCUUUGAAUGUCCUGACUGUGGGAAAGGUUUCAGUUACAAGUCCAUCCUGUUGACACACCAGAGGACUCACACAGGGGAGAAACCCUUUAAAUGUCCUGACUGUGGGAAAGGUUUCAGUCAGAAUUCCCACCUGGUGAUGCACCAGAGGACUCACACAGGGGAGAAACCUUUCGAAUGUCCUGAUUGUGGGAAAAGUUUCAGUAACAGGUCCGUCCUGUUGAUACACCAGAGGACUCAC